AUGGACGCUCAACUUGCCAUAUCUCUUAACGCCAUCACGAAGACGCACCAACUAAAUGAAGACUGGGCGAUACUAUUACCGCAAAUAAUCACGCGAAUCAAGCAGUGCGCAAUAACUGAUCCUCAUUCAAAAAAGCAAGACCCGAUUCUCUUUGAAUUAAUACAGCAAAAGCGAGACAGUAUUACUCGGAAACUUGACAGGUCUUUCACGAGCUCUCCGCCGUUCACGCUAGUAAGAUUGGCGGAGCUUCUUGAAGACCCCGAAGCCACUGGCUACCCAUUAACGUCCAUCCAGCAUAUCCUUAAAUUUUUCAACGCGUUGAGUAGGCUAGUAUGUGUUUCUUCGAACAUAGAUGAAUUUCCUCCUACGACGUUUCUUGCCAAGCAGCCGCAGCAAACCGAGCCAAAGAUCAUCAAAAUGCUAAAACUGGACACUGAUGUGCCCUCCGAUAAACCGCUUCCUUCCCUUCCUGCCAACAUACAUGUCAAUAUGGUUGAAAUCCCAUGGCUCAAAAAUGGACAAAACCUGCCAACGCUCUCCACUACGGAAGAGGGCACUGCUUCUGCCGAUGAACUGUCUGCUCCGACAGCGAUGGAAGAAUCUCCUUCUGCGCCCGAACUAUCAUCUCCCAAACUAACCAGUAUCUCAUCACCGCUCUCCGUUCGGUCACCGGUGAGGCGUAGGCGAACUGAAGAAGAUGAAGAGGCAACCAAGAGACCACGAACUAAUACACUGGAUGACGAUAAGAUGGACAUUUCAAGCUCGGCGCUCGACGAUGGAGAUAAUAUGGAUAUAAGUACAGAAAACAUCCUCGAGGAGUCGGAUCGGAGCGAGGUUUGCACCCCAGGUUAG